GCGGCGAUAAUGCGCAAAUUCGUUGUUUGGCAACCGCAAAGAAAAUUCACAAAGUAGAAGAAGUAGAAGUAGAUGAAGAAGGAAGCCGCAACAAUCUUCUCUUCCCCCGCGCGCAACUUCAAGUAGGUUGUCCUCCAACAGCCAACAGAGGUCCGCGAGUUCAGAGGGGCACGAGCCCGUAUGUUAACAAGUAAGCCCCCCGUUAAUUCGUUCAGACAUCAAACAUGAACAAGCGGUCAAAAUACGUAAACUGUGAGCGAUCUGAGGCAAAGCAUCUGUCUGACAGUGUGUAUGAAGCAAACAGAUAUGAGACGUUCGUUCAUACAUCGUCCAUAAGAGUAGAAUAUUAUAGGUCAUUUGAAUAUUGUCUGAAGUGGGAAAGACCCAUGUUUCGCCGACGUUCCUCCAGACUACCGAAGAUCUCCAAGAAGAGUCCAGAGCGAAGCCCCAGCCCAAAUGAAGAAGUUAUCCAGCGGAGGUUGAAGGGUAAGAGACACAGGACAGGGCUGAAGAAGGCCGAAGCCUCCGACAGCGUAGUUAAUACAGAUGACGGGAGGGUCCGUGACAUCCUUGACAUCAUCAACAGUACACAUGACGCAAAACUUGUUGCAGAAGAGGAUGAAGUAAAGUUUGUAGAGGUAGCUGAUAAAGGAGUGGAUGUGUCAGAUGAAGACAGUGUCUCCGUCACCAGCAGCAUAGCUUCUGGACCUUCUCUGCUAUAUAACGGCGCUUCCAAGAAACCGAGACCCUCGCAGGGCUUGUGCUCAGCCUGUCGCAAGCUCUACCAGAAGGCAAAGAAGAUGAAAGCACCAAUUAAAAACAAACUCUUAGACAAUGAUCCCAAGUCUCUGACCUGUGACCAGUGGGUCCUGAUCAAGACGUUCAGACCGAGGAGGCCGCUUAUUGCAAGAGGGAAGCUUUUGAUCCAUGUACAGCUGGUUAAGAAAAGGCUUAAGGUGAAGAACGGUACCAAGAGCAGUAGAAAGCAGUCUGUGGGAGAGAGAGAAUCAUCAACCUGCUCGAGGUCACACACUUUCCUUCAGAGGAACCUCAGAGUGCCAGUGACAAAGGAGAGGAAGAAGAACAGGAGGAAGAGGAAAAGAGAUGAUUCUCAGGGUCCAAACGCUGCUAAGCAGCAGCGUCUCAACAGCAACAGUCGCCUCCAACACAUCAGUGUUAGCUGUACCGAUGAUCUUCGCCCAACCAGCUCCCCCAGUAGCUGCCCUGAUUUUACGGGUAGUAGCGAUAAAGAAAUCUGCAGUCCAGCGGAGAAAGAUCUGACUCUUGAGUUGAUUCCUUUCACAGUCACACUGGACCCACCCAAGCAGGAUGCACCAAAGAGGGGCGGAUUCAGAGACUUGCUUUGUCAGUUGCGUGGGAACAGCAGCAAGAUUGUGAGAGAAACACGUUAGUGAGGCAACUUUUUUAAAACCAUAGUUUAACCACUACAGUAUCAAGCAUUCAAGCUCUGAAGUAGCUUUAACUUGUGAUGUUUCGUUGACCUUUAGGGUUGUUCAGCCCGGUUGUUAUUCUGUUUUGAAUAUCAGUUUGUAAAUAAUUGUUGCCAUUUAAUUGGAGACAUAUACCUGUUUAUUGCAGUCAAAUACCUGUGCAUAUGCCUGUUUUUUAGCAAAUAAUUGCUGCAGUUCCACACACUUAUUGUGUUAUUUAUUUUUUCUUAAAUUUCAAAAUUACAUUUAAAGUUUCGUACAACAGGAUGACUGUGUGUGGGGAGAUUUUUUUUUUAAUACUGUUUGUCGUAUCCCUAUGACAGACCGAUUUAACAUUUCCUCUGCCGGUAGACCUACAUGAGCACCUCAAUACAAGGAUCCAGAUGAUUCACUGUGACAUACUAAUUCAAAGCAGGUUUUGAACAUAUUAUGUCUUCACGCUAGAAAAGUGACAGGAUUAAGCAUACUAAAAAAAUGACAAAUUUGCUUAGGUAUUUGCUUUUUUUGUGUGUGUUGAUGUUUUCCCACAAUGUAAUGCACUAAAGAAAUGGAGGUUGUACUCACAAAUGCAACCCAUAAUUUUAAUUUAUGACAGCAGAAGUUGCACUUUCACGGCAAUUGUAUCAUUUCCCCUUUGUAUAAAUAGUGAGGUAUGUUGCUUUAUUUGUUGAACUACAAUGCUUAACAUAUAUAAGAGCAUACUGUAUACUUUUAGUAGGUAGUAUAGAUUAGGGAUACAGUGCAUCUCUGCCCCUUCUGUAUGAAUAAAAAAAUCGAGAAUAUACCGGG